AUGACUGAGAAGGAUGCAAAACAUGAAAUCUCUUUCGAUAAGAAAAAAAAUGGCAACGAACGAGAAGAUGUUUGCAGGGAUUUCUUGAAAAAUAUAUGCAAUCGCGGUUCACGUUGCAAGUUUUAUCAUCCGGAAAAUAUUGAAAUUGCUCGGAGGAAAGGUCUUGCAGAGCCAGAAUACAAUUUUUGCAUAGAUUUUCAGAACCGCGGAUGCCAGCGCGAUAAUUGCCGCUUUAUACAUGCACAUCGCGAUGAUGUUGAACAUUACAAAAUGACUGGCGACGUAACAUUGAAUUUAGCGCGCGCUAUUGCUGCUGUGCACAAUGGUGAUACGAUCAAUGGUAUUCCUUAUUGUAAAGAAUAUCAAACGGGAAGUUGUUCGCGCGGUAUUCCCCGCUGUCGUUAUUGGCAUAUAAAUAUUGAAGAAGAGCGUGAAAGAAGGCGUCGGACGCGCAGUUUUAGUGCUGUUACAAAUUCUUCUCGUGUUCCAGCGUUACCAUAUGGUUAUGGAAGCAGUGCUAUAACGCGACGACCACUGGAAUAUACCGAACGUGAUCUCUAUGAUGGUUCAGUAACGAAACGUGCAAGAUAUGAUUGCGACCAGCGUGAAUAUUUACAUGAUUUGGAACGAAGAAAUGCUGAGUUAAUCAAAGAAAAUGAAGGGCUUAAGCGUCAGUUACAACGUGAACAUGAUCGUUAUCAAGAUUUAUAUGCUUUAUUCAGGCAGCGUACAACGCCAACAUCGGUAUCUGCACCUGUCGCACCUCCUACACCGGCGGGGGACCCAACAGCUCCUGCUGCAUAUAAUGCAGCUACUUAUGCUGCAUCAAAUAUUGCAAAUGCUGCAUCUGGAGUGACUUAUUAUCCAUCUAAUCCUCCAAGUUGGACUAAUCCAUCAACACGAUCGCAGUGGAACGCAUAG